AUGGCAAUGUUGUUAAUGGGGUUGCAACAUGGAGACAUGGUUGAUUAUUCAUCAUCAUCCAAGGCAAACUCACCACUUUCAGUCAUCUUAUUCAUUCAUAAGGCGAUAUGUAAUGAGCUUGAUGUGCUUCACCAGUUGGCCAUGGGCUAUGCCAUGGGACAACAUGCAGCAUUUUCGGAGCGGUUUCGUUUUCUCCAAUCAAUUUAUGAGAACUACUUAAAUGCCAAAGAUGAGGUGAUAUUUGCAGCUGUUGAUACACGCGUGAAAAAUAUAGCACCAACGUACUUCCUUCAACACGUCGGUGAAAGGACUCUCCUUGAUAAUCUGUCUAAGCUGCAAAGCUCUACCAUACAAAAUGAGGAAACUUUCUCAAGGGAGUUGGCGUUUCUUACAGGAGCCUUACAAACCUUGGUUGGUCAAGGCUUGGCAAAGGAAGAGGAGCAGGUCUUCCCUUUGCUUAAUCAGAACUUCUCACUUGAGGAGCAGGCGUCUUUGGUGUGGCAGCUUUUGUGCUGCAUCCCAACAAGUGUAGUGGCUAAGUUCCUCCCUUGGUUGUCAUCCUCGAUUUCGCCUGAUAAAUAUCAGGAUCUGCACAAGUGCUUGAGCAAGAUAGUACCAGAGGAGAAGCUUCUCCAACAGGUCAUUUCUUCUUGGAUGGAAGGGAAAGACUCUCCGGCGAGCAUGAUAUCUCAUAAAAAGGAUGGAGCAUAUUCUGUAUCUGAGUUCACUCGAGAGCAUCCAAUAGACACUGUAAUGCUUUGGCACAAUGCUAUUAAAAGAGAGUUGAAUGAGAUACUUGAGGAGGCCAAGAAGAUACAUAUUUCUGAAGCAUAUGCCCUAUCAGUUUUCAGUGACAAGCUACAUUUUAUUGCUGAAAUUUGCAUCUUCCACAGUGUUGCUGAGUCCAAGGUCAUAUAUCCUGCAGUAUAUGGAAAAAAUUUAUCUUUCCAGGAGCAUUCAAAAGAAGAAAGUGUUUUCAAUCAGUUUAGGUGCUUGAUUGAAAGUAUACAGAAGGCAGGAACAAUCUCUUCUUCAGUUGCUGAACUUAAUUCAAAUAUAUGCUCACAUGUUGAGCAAAUCAUGGAAACUUUAACGCGGCACUUCCAUGAUGAGGAAGUUCAGGUCCUUCCACUUGUGCGAAAGCACAUUAGCAUCACAAGACAACGGGAACUUCUGCAUCAAACAUUGUGUGUGAUGCCCUUGAAAUUGAUUGAGAGUGCCUUGCCAUGGCUGGUAAACUCAAUGACUGCAAAUGAAGCCAGGAACUUUGUCGAAAACAUGCAGCUAGCAGCAUCAGAUAUUGCUCUGGUCCAGCUUUUUUGUGGUUGGGCUAGCGAGCCUUUUAAUGACAGCUUCUGCUCAAGUGCAAUAGGAUGCUGUUCUGUCAAAAGGUUUGGUAAUCGUGAUGAAGAAUUUGGUCAAUCAUCAUCAGGUACCUGUGCUUCUGCAUUGUCGACUAGAGACAUCUGUUGUGCAGCAUACCAAGAGACUAAUGUUUUCAACUCUCAACAGCCAAUUGAUGUUGUUUUUCAAGUUCAUAAGGCAAUACGCCGUGACUUGGAAUAUCUAGACAAUGAAUCUCAAAGACUCAGCAAUUGUGAUGAGAUAUUUCUUCAGCAGUUCAUUGGAUGUUUCUGCUUGUUAUGGGGCCUAUAUAAAGCUCAUAGUGAUGCUGAUGAUUAUAUAGUGUAUCCGGCAUUGGAAUCCAGAGAUGCACUUCAUAAUGUGAGUCACUCAUACACACUGGAUCACAAGCAAGAGGAACAGGCAUUUCAAAAUAUUUCGGAUGUUCUGUUUGAGCUUUCACACCUUCACACAAGUACGAUAGGUUUUUCUAGCACUCAGUGUAGUGAGUCUAGUGACCGCGUGCAAAAGUUCUAUGAGUUAGCUAUCAGUGUUCAUGUAAUGUUCAAGUCACUAAGAAUGAUGGUAAACCAGCAUAUGUCCAGGGAAGAGCUUGAACUAUGGCCGCUAAUUGGGAAACACUUCUCCGUGGAGGAGCAAAACAAAAUGGUUGGUUUCAUACUGGGGACUACAGGUGCUGAAGUGCUAAAAUCUAUGUUACCAUGGGUAACUUCAGCACUCACCGCGGAUGAACAGAGUAAAAUGAUGAAUAACUUCAAGCAAGUUACCAAAAAUACAAUGUUCAACGAAUGGCUUACUGAAUGCUGGAAUGAAACUUCACUCUCAACUUCACAGACUGGAAAGCUUGAAACUAGGAUUUCUCCAAAAGGAAGCCUGCGGCGAAUUGAUCACACGUUCAAGUCUCGUAAGAAGAAUAACUUGAAGAAUCUAAUGACUAGUUAUUGGAUGGCUGCGCGGCAGAGUUUACCUCAGGCCUUAGCAGAGGAUAGAUUUGAUGGUGACGAUUCAGUGGGACAGUCACCAGAAUUUCGAGAUCCUGAGAAAAGAGUGUAUGGUUGUAAGCAUUACAAAAGGAACUGCAAACUCCAUGCUGCUUGCUGUGGCAGGCUGUUUACAUGUAGAUAUUGCCAUGACAUGAGCAGCGACCACACAAUUGAUUGGAAAGCAACAACAAAAAUGAUGUGUAUGCAAUGUCUUAAUAUUCAGCCAGUCGGGCCAAUAUGCUCGACGCCUUCUUGCAACGGAUUCCCAAUGGCAAAGUCUUAUUGUAGUACAUGCAAACUUUUUGAUGAUGACAGGAACGUAUAUCAUUGUCCAUUUUGCAAUUUAUGCCGUGUUGGGAAGGGCCUCGGCAUUGAUUAUUUUCACUGCAUGACAUGCAAUUGUUGCUUGGGCAUCGGUUUGGUGAACCACAAGUGCCGAGAGAAAUGCCUAGAAACUAACUGCCCUAUCUGCAAUGAGUUCUUGUUCACAUCAACUGCAAGCAUUAGAGCUUUACCAUGUGGCCACUUUGUGCAUUCAGCUUGCUUGGAGGCCUGCUCUCAGAGUCACUACAGUUGUCUAGUCUGCAGCAAAUCUUUGCAAAAUACGACGAUGGCAUCAGCUCAGUCCUCAAUUCUGGUUGGUGGAGAUGAGACCAUGGAAUUUUUCAACUGUGAUCAAAGAGCUCAAAUGAAGACUUCAUGGACAAACACAAAUCCUGAAGGAAGAUUCAUUGGCCGCGCAUGGUUUUGGGUAAAUAUGUUGUAUCAUUCUGUGUUAUGGUUUGAACUCCACAAUGUGAAGCAUCCUCGGUUUCUGCAAGGAUUAAAAAGAGGGUUGGAGAAUGCAGUUGCAGGACAGAAGACCAAAGACAGGUUCCUGAUGUGUUGUCUGGCGCUGUGCGUUUUGGUGCUGUUUUGUGUCUUAAGUGCUGUUCUAAUUUUACUUUGGUUCAAGGCAUUGGGGAGGAACAAGUACAACAUUUUCAUGUGGUAG